AUGGCCGUGGCGGCGGUGCUCGUGGCGGGGGCCCUGCCGGCCGCGGCCGCGGCGGCGCUGCAGCUGGCCAGCGAGGCCAGAGGCCGGCAGGAGCGCUGGGAGCGGAAGGUCGCCAGAGCACCCGGCACCCGGCGCGGGCGGCUGUCCGGCGGCGGCUUCCGCGGCGGGCGCUACUACUCGGCAGCGGCGCCCGCCGGUGCCGCCCACGCGCCCGCGGCGCCGGCGGCCCCGAGGCCCCUGGCGCGCCCGCCGAGGGGUGCCGGGCAGACCCCGGCCGCCGCUGGGCGGCCAGCGGAGCGGGGCGGCGCGUGCGGCGAGGAGGAGCCUUCGCCGCUGGCGCAGAGGCUCCGCCGCCUGUCGAGCAGCACAGUCGGCGAGGAGCCCCCCCCUCUGGCCGGCCCGCCCGCCGCGCCAGCCGGUGGCGGCGCGGGGCUGUUGAGGUCACUCGACGCGGACGACGACGACGAUGACCUCGAUCAGUGCGACGCCGUCUCGGAUUCAGGAAUGUCGUGGACGACGGAGUCCUCCACGGCGUCGUCGGUGUACUGCGACGGCGGGCGGCUGCGGAAGAGGUUCACGGCCUCGUCCGCGGCGUCGGAGUCGGGCUGCUCCUCGGCCUCGGGCAAGUCCAUGGUGUCCAGGGCGCCGUCCUUCUCCUCCAUCGCGGAGGGCCAGGAGGAGUAUUUGGGGGGGCCCAGGUACGGGCACAGCAUGACGGUGGUGCAGUGGCAGUCUUCCUUGGCCGCCCUCCUUCAGAACGAGAGGAUGGCGGCGCUAUUGGCACGCGUGCAAGCCCGCGAGGCGGCAGCAAAGGAUACCAACGCCUCGUCCACAGGCGCCGAGCUUGUGAAGCAGCUGGCGCGCAUGCCGCGGGAGGUGCUGAUGUCGCCGCCGAGGGGCGAGGAGCGCACCGCCCACGAGGUACCGGCGCAUGAUGAUCUCAAGCUGGUGAAGGAGCUCGGCAUAUCCGGCAUUUGCAUUGUGGGUGGUGCCAUCCUCUGCAUGCUGAAGAAGUUCCCUGCGCUGAUGACGCCAGGCCUCCUGAUUAUCUUCUUCGGCGCCCAAACUGGUAUGAACAUGUACAUGAAGGCCGUCUUUUCGUCCGCCACCGUCCUCGAUCCAGCGCCCGCAGAGUACUGUACAGACGUUGAAGGCCACUGUGCCUGGAUGGGCUUCCAGGCAUCAUUCUUCGUCACCGGGAUACAGCAGUUUGGUGGGUUCAUCAUCUUCUGGAUCUUUUUCCUCCCCGCGCAGGCGCUCGGCUUCAACAAGCUGGGCGACAAAGAGAUCACGAUCAAGAAGCUGACCUCCAAGAACGAGGUCAUCGCGGUGCUGUGCUUCGCGGGGAGCUUCACGAUGAACAUCGCCCUGAACAACAUGUCCAUGGCGCUGAUCCCCCUGACGCUGAACCUCAUCAUCCGCUCGUGCCUGCCGCUGUCGACCUUCGCCGCGCAGUGGCUCCUCACGAAGUACACCACCGGCGAGGGCAAGCCGUGCAAGCCCAUCGAGAUCGGGUUGAUGAUGCUGGGCGCGGCGAUGAUGUGCGUGUGCGUCUGGGCCAAGAUUGCCGCCGAGGCCGAGGGGGAGUCCCACAAGAAGGCGGGAGCCGGCGAGUCUGCGAAGACCGUGAUCGGCGUCAUAUACUGCGUGGUGCUCAGAGUGUCCCUGUUCUCGGGGAGCGUCAACCUCGCGCUCGCCGGGAUCCUGAAGACCUCCGUGAAGCUGGAUGGGUUCAACACCGUGGUCUCCGAAGAGCAGAAAUAGAUGACAAGCAAACAGACGCUAGGAGAUCCGCGUGGAUUUUCUGGGUUGGCGCUGGACUCUCCUGGCGAUUCCAGGGGCCUGUCCAGCGUCGAUCUAAGAAAUCCGCUUAGACCUCCGAGAGAUCAUCCCCCACCCGACAGGUCGGGGUUGUUCGAUUCCAAGAAUCAGGCGAUCCCGCCGCCGAUUGUUCCAUGGGAAAUCGCGGAUUCCCGCCGCCGAACGAGGCGGCACCGGCCGCAUUUUGGGGAGGGCACCUCCCCCGAUCCAUAGAUUAGGCGACCGCGCGCCAAAUCCAUGGAUCGCUACUCCAUGUUUGCGCGCCCCCGAAAGAGCUGAGGCUCCGAGCCGCCUCGCACACCCCGCGUACCGCGACCGCCAGGCCGAAAGCGUGGUGGUGCUCCCUGGGUGUCGCGCCUCGUGCCUUCGACGAGGCACAACCGCUUGCCGCGGCCGCCAGGCCUAGAGCGCGGCGAUGCUCCCCGGGGGUCCCGCCACUCGCUCUUGGGCGGGGACGGCUCAAAGCAACAUGUCCAGACCCCCGACGUCAUGCUUUCACAGCGUCGAC